AUGUCAACAAACACUUGUGAGGAAUUCUUCCGUCAACAAUCUGUUCCGACAACAACAAGUUCUUCAUCUACAAACAAAUUUUUAUUCCAACGCCCCCCAAUUGAUGAAUCCUUCAUUUCUCCAUUAAAACAACAAUGGAAAGGCUUCCUGUCUUCUCCUUCAAAUGUCACCAAAAAUUGCUUAAAAACACCUUCACCAGCUCGGAUGCUAAAACAAUCUGUUAUCUGCAAAAAUAUUGGAAAUUUAUUGCUGAUGACUCCAGGUUUUGUUAUUUUUUGUUUUUUAGAAAAAGAAUCUGAUGAGGAGGAAGAAGAAGAAUUUGAUGAAGAGGGCAAAAAUGAAGAAGAAAUUAAAGACGAUGAAGAAGAAUUGAAAGAAGAAGAGAACAAUACAAAAACAACUUCAAAUAUCAGAAAAUAUCCAACCAAGAAGAAAACAACAACAACCAAAAAACAGAAUGGAGGCAACUUUGUCAAAUUAAAUAUGCGUCAUCGUAGAUUUGCUCCAAGCAGUAAGUUUAGAAUUAAAAAGAAAUGGAAAAGGAAAUUUAAAAAUUAA